ACACGCUUCCCAGCAACAAGGUGCACUCUUGCAAAGAUGUUGAGAGUGUUGGUAUUGGUCUACUUGGUGUUUGAAGGGACAACCGUCAACACUACACCCAUUGGGGAUUCAAUCAAUGGGUUUGCAUUGGACUUGUACAAUGAGAUAUGUGGGAGCUUGGCUGGUUCAGAUAACGUGUUUUUGAGCCCGUUUAGUAUCUCAACUGCUCUUGCAAUGACAUACCUUGGAACUGCUGGAAAUACGGCAACAGAAAUGGCAACUGUUUUGAAGUAUCCACCAAAUGUGCACGUUCUGUUCAAGGCUCUUCUGACAACCAUAAAUGCACCGAAUGACAACUACACAUUGAACGCUGCAAACAAUCUAUUCCCACGAACAGGUUUUGCUAUUCUGUCUCAAUAUGUAACUGAUGUCAUGAACUUUUACUUUGCUACAAUAAAAGAGCUGGACUUUGCGGGACAGCCAGAACCUUCCAGGCAGUACAUCAAUGAAUGGGUCUCUAACAUAACAAUGGAAAAAAUACCUGAAUUGUUGCAAGUAGGUGAUAUCACCCCUUUAACUGUUCUUGUACUAGUGAAUGCUAUCUACUUCAAGGGAGAAUGGCAGAAUCCAUUCAACCCUGACCUCACAGCAAUAUCUGCCUUUAAUGUGACACCAACUCAGCAGAUUUCAGUUGCUAUGAUGUAUAACGUGAGCAUGUACAGAUACUUUGAAGACACAACACUAGAUGCUAAAAUAUUAGAAUUGCCGUACACAGGGGAGGAAGUAAGCAUGAUUAUUAUUCUACCAAAUCAACAAGAUGGCCUAGCUGACCUAGAAGCAAACCUAACAUUGAGUAAAUUAAAUGCUGCCAUCAAUAAUCUCUACGCCCCCUACACUGCAAAUGUAGUUAAUGUAUGGCUGCCAAAGUUCAAGAUUAAAUUCAGGUCUGAAUUAGGUGAACAUCUACAGGACCUUGGAAUGGUGGACGCAUUUAAUGCAGGUGCUGACUUCUCACCACUUUGUGGAUUAUGUAAUGUCAGAAUCAGCAAAGUUAUCCAUGAGGCAUUUGUAGAGGUGAACGAGGAGGGCACAGAGGCUGCGGCUGCCACAGCGGUCAUUAUCCUAAAAGGAGUUCCCCGUCCUAAAAUAUUCAGAGCAAACCAUCCAUUUCUCUUUCUGAUCCGUCACAAAAAAUCUGGCUCCAUAUUGUUCAUGGGACGUAUCACAUCACCAAAUGCAGAGGAAGAAGAAGAAGAGAGUUGUUUAACAAAGAAACCGUGUCCCAGACGAAAGGGGAAACUGCACAAAAAAUGUUGUGGUUGUCCAUAUAUGUUUAAGGAUCCAGUAACCAAGAAAAUUACAUUUCCCAUGAUUGUGUUGAAGAAGAACAGGGGAAAAGAUGUGUGUAGGGAAGCGUGCCUGAACAAGAAAUGUCUGAAAAUGUUCACUAAAAGAGGAUAGAACAAAGAAGAAUAUGUCAUUCUAG